CUAGCGAGCACGAUGGUACCUCUAAUUAUUUUGGUACUGUCGCUGGCGCUAUCUAAUGGCGAAUAUACCGAUCCUCAUUGUAAUGGUAAACAAGUCAUAGUUCAUCUGUUUGAAUGGAAAUGGACAGAUAUUGCAAAUGAAUGUGAACGCUAUUUAUCUCAUAAAGGAUACUGUGGAGUUCAGGUAUCUCCACCUAAUGAACACACUAUAAUAACUAAAGAAUAUCCCAGACCCUGGUGGGAGAGAUACCAACCUGUUAGUUAUAUACUACAUAGUCGAAGUGGUAAUGAAGCUCAAUUUAAAGACAUGGUGCAAAGAUGUAAAGCAGUUGGGGUCAGAAUCUAUGUAGACAGUGUGGUCAAUCACAUGGCAGGUAUGGGACGACAAGGAACUGGAACAGCCGGUACACAUUUUGAUUCUGAUGCAUAUUCAUAUCCUACAGUCCCGUACUCCAGAGAACAUUUCCAUGAUGAUUGUCCAGUCAAUAAUUAUGGUGAUCCAAACAACGUUAGAAACUGUUACCUUGUUGGAUUAUCUGAUCUGGAUCAGAGUAAAGAAUACGUCCGAAAUAAAAUAGCCGAUUAUUAUAAUCAUCUUAUUGAUAUUGGUGUCGCUGGUUUUAGAAUCGAUGCAUCGAAACAUAUGUGGCCAAACGAUUUGGAAGCAAUACAGGCCAAGACGAAAAAUGUUGAUGGAGGCGGAAAGGCUCUUUUCUACCACGAGGUCAUCGACCAGAACGAUGGUGCUAUCAAAGUCAAUGAAUAUUACGACCUUGGUUUAGUCACCGAGUUUAGAUAUUGCCAGAAGAUAGCUUGGGGAAUUAACAACUUUGGACAACUAAAUGGUGUAGUUGAUUAUGGAUGGGGAAUGUCCAAAUCUGAUAGAGCUCUAGUAUUUGUUGAUAACCACGACAACCAAAGAGGUCAUGGCGGUGGUGGAAAUCUCUUGACACACAAAAAUCCUCGAAAUUACAAAAUGGCUGUUGCUUUUACUUUAGCGUAUAAUUAUGGCUUCACCAGAGUAAUGAGUAGCUACGGAUUCCAAAGCACUGACCAAGGACCACCACAUAAUGCAGACUAUUCAGCUAAAGAUGUCACAAUCAAUGCCGAUGGUAGCUGUGGAAACGGAUGGAUGUGUGAACAUCGAUGGAAUCCUAUAGGCAAUAUGGUCGCCUUCAGAAAUAAAGUAGCUGGCACAGAUUUGAAUAACUGGUAUGACCAAGGUGAUGUAGUAGCUUUUGGACGAGGUAACAAAGGAUUCUUUGCAAUGGCUAAACAAGGUCAUGCUCAGUUGCAGCUACAGUCUGGAAUGCCUGGUGGAUCAUACUGCGAUCUGGUAACUGAUUGUAAGAAGAAAAUUAACGUAGAUGGAUCUGGUAGAGUUAGUGUAAAUAUUGAUAAUAAUGAAGAACCAAUCAUAGCCAUUGUCGUGGACGUAUUCACAUUGACAUUGAACUGA